AUGUCUCAGGUCGUCCUCCCCGCGCUCAUCCCCGACAUCCCACGGAUCUACAAAAUCUACUUUGACGCCUUUCGCGCCGACAAGAUGGGCUCCCUGAUGCUGCAGAUCCUCUUCCCGGGCAUCGUCGACGAGGAAUUCCUCAAGGCCCAUGCCGCCGGCACGCUCAGCUACUGGCACCUGAGCGACUGCCAGUACACCCUCAAGGUCGUCGACACGACCACCGGCGACAUCAUCGGCAUGGGCCUCGGCGACGCCUAUCUGCGCGAGCGCACCGUGCCAGAGCGUGCCAACCACGGCGUGCCGUGGCUCGAGGGAGAGCAGAGAGCGCGCGCGGAAAAGGUCCUGAAUCCCUUGUGGGAGGUGCGGGAGAGGCUGUUUGGAGGCCGCCGUUACAUCUACUGUCAUGUCAUCGCCAUUGACCCCCGGCACCAAGGCCGCAAGGCCGGCGCCCUCAUUGUCCAGUGGGGCAUCGACCUAGGCGAGAACGCGGGCCUGCCAGUGUACUUUGAGUCUUCGCCAUCUACCGUGGGCCUUUACAAGAAGAUGGGCUUCGAGGUGCUCGAGGAGAAGAUUGUGCACGAGGCGGCGCUGCUCGGGACCGACGAGGACAUUGUGGUGCCGCUCAUGGUCAAGAUGCCGUCGUGCGCCAACGGCAUGUCUUUCAAGGAAUGGCGCGAGACAGGGUAUCCGGAGUUCACCAAAAAGUAUGAACCAAUGGUCAAGGGGCGGCAGAUUGCCUGUUAG